CCUGAACUACUAAGUUACUGGUCUGCAUGUUACUGAUAUAAGAGUGGAAAUGGACUCUUGUUGUGUGUCUGUGAACAAUAAAACACACUUUAACGACUCGACAUCCAGUUCUGAUGCAGCAGAUGUGCUAAUUCACUCAACCAGAGCCGGUAGAGACGAAAUACAGCAUAAGAAUCAGAAUAAAGUUAACAUUUACAUCAGGAGACUGUCAGACUCUGAACAUGUUCAUUCUGCGGACGAGAGAAGGACAGAAAUCCCUCCUGUGAAUCUGCCUACAGCAUCAGAUACAGCUGGACCAGAGGAACCACUGGCUGGAAUCAAGUCAAACCAGUUUGCUGGGCUUUUUGGCAAAACCUCCAGGAAAGAGAAGAGUAAAGCUCAAUCCACAAUCAUGCAGACAGAACAGUUAAAGUCAAAAGGUGAGGAUGUGCAGAUUUCUACAUUCUCUGCAGAUGGAAGAGGAGUGGUUUCUGCCGCGCUCAGGAAGAGAUCCCAAGGUGCUCCUAUAGGACGUAACGUGACAGUACAAGUGUUGAACCAAGACAGAUCUCAAACUCCAGCCAGAGUUCAGCCAGAUCCUGCUUUUCCAUUAGGAGAUCCUGGCACUUCUGCAAGUGUGGCAGCUAUAACAGCUGCUACUCUCGCAGCCACAGCACCACUCAUGAAGGCUCAGAGUGAGAUGGAGGCUCAGAUCUCUCGGGUGUCUGCUGAGCUGAAGAGGCUGCAGGCAGCAGAGGGCAGUGUCCUGCCUGGCAGGACGGCCCGUACAGACAGCAGUUCAGCUGGGAGAGCAGCCCAUCUGGAGGAGCAACUUAACAUUCUGAUCCAGCAGAGACUGCAACACCUGGAGACAAUUCAGUGUCAGCAGAUUCAACUGCAGAAUCGUCUCCUGGGUUCAGCUCUGGAUGUAGUUGCAUCUCGUGGAAAUAGCUCUGGAGUCUCCCAGAUAGACUCUCUUCCACUUCAGAUAUCAGGGAAUCGCAGCAUCAGACUGUCAGCCACUGAUAAUCCCUCUGCUGGAAGACCAGCAUCAGUCUCAAUGGAUGUUUAUCGUGAGAGACAAACAGGGGGGCAUAAAAGCCCUUUGGAGACCCCUGCACCACGCAAGGUCAUUCCCAAACCCACCCACUGGACAUCAUCAACAAGCACCAACAGACCUCCGAAAUCCUCCUUUAAAAACCAAGGAAAUGGCAGACUUCAGGACCAGAGCCCUAAUAACCGGAGGUCUCCCGAGAGAUGCGCCUUGCAGUCUGUUGGGGUAGAGAGGUUUGCCAUGGCAACAGCAGACAACAGCCAACCAGAGCAGUCCAGGGAAAGUCAGAUGCCAUCUAAAGCAUCUGUUACUAGAAGUGCACAAGAAGACGGAUCGUCUUUUGUGAAUGGACAGAAUGAACAGGAGCACCAGGGAGAACCUACGAAUGUAUCAUCGUCCAGCACGACCGUGCAAAAAGCCAGCGAGAUGCUGCAGGAUCUGGGGAGACUUAAAAAUGAGAUGAGGAGUCUACUGCAGACUGCUGAUGCGUUUCCUGCGCCGAAUGCCAAGUCGACCCAGAGCAGCAGGAGCAGGCAUCUCGCCCCCGUUGCCACGGCCCCGCCUCCUGCCACAACCCCCAUCUCCAUGCCCCCAGAGCCUGUUGAUGUGAUUGCCGUCAGGGCUGCUGCUUUAAACAGAGCCAGCGUUCUGAAGAGCAUCCAGCCGCCCACGUCCAUGUUUGAGGAUGCAGGACUGGUCCUGAGGCAGGUCAGGCAGAGCAAGAAGACUCUGGAAGAAAACCUAGAAGCCAUUUUGAGAGCCAAAGAUGGAGAGGUGCUUCACACGCAGUUAGAAGCACUGUCAAAAAACAGAGAUGUCCGUGAAGAGCUGAGGAUAAAGAAGACAGUUGAUGCCUGGAUCAAUACACUCAGCAAGGAGAUUCAGGAUGAUCUGGCGAGGGAGAGCUCAGAGAGGAUUGUGGAUGCUGCGGUGAGCAGACGUGAAGCUGGUCAGAGAACAAGAGCUGAAGCCUCUGCGGCCGCAAAGAAAACCUCAGUCAGAGCUCAAGCAGGAAACACACGGGCACACACCAGACAACCCGCUCCGGCUGUCAGAAACAAACCUGCGGUGAAGCAGGAGGCGACUCAACCGGUUGUGCUGAAAUCUCAGGAUGAUGAGGAGUAUCUGGCAAGGCUGUAUGGAAAAGCUCUUUAUGAUGGUCAGCGAAGAACACUUAAAAAAAGCCCCUAUCUCCGAUUCAACUCCCCCACACCCAAAUCUAAACCACAGCGACCCAAAAUAGUAGAAACUGUCAAAGGGGUGAAGAUGAAGUCAUCUAAAACACAAACUAGCCAGUAUGUGGGAGAUGUUUCUGCCAUGCAGCAUUCAGUCUCUGAACCCCAUUUCAUAUUCAGCCCUAGUGAUCCUGAUAAACAGCAGCAGCAGCCUGGGUCUCCAGUGCGAGGAUACCUCAUUCCCAUGGCCAUACCUUUAGGUAAGCCCAGAGUAGAUUGCCAGCCCCCAGUGCCUUCACGGGUCAUCAUCACUGACAAACCAGCAAUCGUAACAACCUCCUUCCCACCUAUCACAGUUGUCGAAUCCAAACCUACUACUGCUAUUCGAAAACCCAACGCCAUCUUGCUGGAGGUUCAGUCAGCACCAAAGAAACGGACCCCACAGCUCCAAAUACAGGUCCAGCCUGGUGUGAACAUCGAGAGUGCUUUGUGCAGCAGCAGGCAGGCUUCUCCCACACCAGUGAUUCCAGCCGAAAGCAUCCUUCCUCCACUUUCAAACCAUGCCACUGAGGAUCCACAUGCUCAUGAAGAUCAGGAGGAAAACAUCUUCCCCGGAACCAAUUUCUUGGCCCAAGCCGACAUCAGCCAGGAAACAAACGGUGGGCUUCCAGACUCUCCUAUAGAGUUUAAGGGUCUGCCGUCUCCUCCAGCUGCUCUCUAUCACGGCCCGGUGUUUCCUCCAGUGCCGACCCAGUCUACACCUCUCACUGAGCCCAUCCUGAACACCAUCCAGCAGAGAGAAACGCUGGAGAACAGACUUGUGGACUGGGUGGAGCAACAGGUCAUGGCCAGAGUUAUAACUGGAAUGUUCCCUCAUCCCGCCCAAGCUGAUCCAGUCCACCAAUCUGAGCCGGAGAAUAGCGUGGCAUCAGACAUAGUGGAGGCCGCAGGUGGCGGUGGUCUUCAGCUGUUUGUGGACACAGGCGUUCCAGUGGACUCUGAGGUCAUAAGACAUUAUGUAAACGAAGUGCUAACUGAAAUCAUUGCUUCAAUGCUGGGACAGAGAGAGUCUCAGGGAACACCAACUACCCCUGUCCAAACACAAGAUGCUCAGAAGGAGGACACUACAGUACCUACACCGGCACCCACUCCCGAACCCAGCCUAAAAGAUCCUCCAUCUCCUGUCAGAACCCCUGAUCUCUCAGAACAUCUUUCAACAGCAACAUCUCCUGAGAAACCCCCUCAGGAAUCUGCUUCACCAGGUCCAGACAGAAUUCCUGUGGGCACUCCGAUUACUACACCAAUCCCAUCACCAACCAGAGUGGCCACGCCCUCACCUCCUACUCCAGCCAAUCAGAGCCCAGAGCCAGGCAGCCUGCAGAUCCACCUGUGGGAAGGAUCAGAGCUCCCCCUGGAGGAGGAAGAACAACCUGAACUGCAGCCGGCACCAGUUGUAAUAUCAGUUCCCCGAGUGGAUGAUCAAGAAGAAUCAGUCAUCCAUCCCUCUUCACCUGUCCUUUCCAAACCCCAGUCUCCUCCAGCGCCUCCUCUUCCUCCUGUGAUCCAGAAGUCUGAAUCUUCUUCCUCAUCCUCAGAGAGCAGCUGUAGCUCUAGUGUGACUGUCACUGAGACGGAGACUGCAGCCAGACACAUCUCAGAGGGAGAACUGCUGCUCAAUCAUGGCCAGAUGGCGGCAGUCAGAGUUCUGGAACAGGAAGGAGUUCUUCUGCCAAAUUUUAUGACCAGCUUGAACGGUUCCCUGCAUGGAGUCCAAGACAUGGAUUAUGAUCCGCCCAGUGAAGGUCAGGUGAUCAGAGCUCCUCAUCUUCCUGCUCAUCACGACCCUGUUUUGUCUCUGUUGGCCAGAAUGGAGCUUGGUCCUAUCAGCCAGUCACAACAGCCAGAGGGGUGGUGGGAGGAAGAGAGCAGUGGAGAGGUCAGUGAGGGUCAGAGACCAGUGCUGACGGCCGCAGAGGAGAUCGUGCUGACGGGACACUCGCUGAUGGACCAGCAGACAAUCAGACAGUCCAGAAACACACAGAUUUCCCCUCACGCCACACUCACAUCACCUGGACAAGUGAUCGCUGAACACACAGGUGCAGUGGUUGAAGACGGUGGGCUGUCAGUCAACCUCAGGUCAUCAGAUGAACAGAAAGAAGCUAUGGUUUAUCAAGUGGACACUGUCUCUUCACCUCAGCCAGAGAGCUCCCAGAUGGCACAGACUGUUCACAGACCUGCACCUCUCCUAGUGAGACAGUAUGAAGAGGAACCAGAUUUCCCCCAGCUGAGGAGACUUUCAGAUGAUGCUUUUUUUGGAGCUGAUGAGAAAGGUGAAGACACAUUUCUGCACACAGGAGGAGGAGGAGGAAGAGGAAGUGAUGUCAGAGUGAUGUCAGUGCGCCUGCCGUCUGUCAAGCAGGAUCAGGAGUCCGUCAGCCUCAGCUCUGUGGAAGGAGACACAGACUCUUCUGCUAAUGAUGUGUUUUAACAACGACGACCCCGUCAAACCUCCGAGAUGGGAAUCUGCUAAGUGCCUGGAGACGUUCAUAGC